CCGCCUCACACACUCGGGGAGCGGGAGCGCGGCGCGGACGCAAAGCCGCCGGGCUGCUGCGCCCAGAGCCAGCCGGAGCCGGAGCCCGAACCGCAGCGCCAGCCCCAGCCGUGCGGAGCCGCAGCCCGGGCCGGGGCCGGCGGCGGCUCAUGGACAGCGGGGCGGGCGACCGGCGCUGCCCGGAGGCGGCCCUCCUGAUUCUGGGGCCUGCCAGGAUGGGGCCGCUGAGGCACAGCCCAGGCCCUGGGGGGCAACGGCUACUGCUGCCCUCCAUGCUGCUAGCACUGCUGCUCCUGCUGGCUCCAUCCCCAGGCCACGCCACUCGGGUAGUGUACAAGGUGCCGGAGGAACAACCACCCAACACCCUCAUUGGGAGCCUCGCAGCCGACUAUGGUUUUCCAGAUGUGGGGCACCUGUACAAGCUAGAGGUGGGUGCCCCGUACCUUCGCGUGGAUGGCAAGACAGGUGACAUUUUCACCACCGAGACCUCCAUCGACCGUGAGGGGCUCCGUGAAUGCCAGAACCAGCUCCCUGGUGAUCCCUGCAUCCUGGAGUUUGAGGUGUCUAUCACAGACCUCGUGCAGAAUGGCAGCCCCCGGCUGCUGGAGGGCCAGAUAGAAGUACAAGACAUCAAUGACAACACACCCAACUUCGCCUCACCAGUCAUCACUCUGGCCAUCCCUGAGAACACCAACAUCGGCUCACUCUUCCCCAUCCCGCUGGCUUCAGACCGUGAUGCUGGUCCCAACGGUGUGGCAUCCUAUGAGCUGCAGGCUGGGCCUGAGGCCCAGGAGCUAUUUGGGCUGCAGGUGGCAGAGGACCAGGAGGAGAAGCAACCACAGCUCAUUGUGAUGGGCAACCUGGACCGUGAGCGCUGGGACUCCUACGACCUCACCAUUAAGGUGCAGGAUGGCGGCAGCCCCCCACGCGCCAGCAGUGCCCUGCUGCGUGUCACCGUGCUCGACACCAAUGACAACGCCCCCAAGUUUGAGCGGCCCUCCUAUGAGGCCGAACUAUCUGAGAAUAGCCCCAUAGGCCACUCGGUCAUCCAGGUGAAGGCCAAUGACUCAGACCAAGGUGCCAAUGCAGAGAUUGAAUAUACAUUCCACCAGGCACCCGAAGUUGUGAGGCGUCUUCUUCGACUGGACAGGAACACUGGACUUAUCACUGUUCAGGGCCCGGUGGAUCGUGAGGACUUAAGCACCUUGCGCUUCUCAGUGCUUGCUAAGGACCGAGGCACCAACCCCAAGAGUGCCCGUGCCCAGGUGGUUGUGACCGUGAAGGACAUGAAUGACAACGCCCCCACCAUUGAGAUCCGGGGCAUAGGGCUAGUGACUCAUCAAGAUGGGAUGGCUAACAUCUCAGAGGAUGUGGCAGAGGAGACAGCUGUGGCCCUGGUGCAGGUAUCUGACCGAGAUGAGGGAGAGAAUGCAGCUGUCACCUGUGUGGUGGCAGGUGAUGUGCCCUUCCAGCUGCGCCAGGCCAGUGAGACAGGCAGUGACAGCAAGAAGAAGUAUUUCUUGCAGACUACCACCCCGCUGGACUACGAGAAGGUCAAAGACUACACCAUUGAGAUUGUGGCUGUGGACUCCGGCAACCCCCCACUCUCCAGCACCAACUCCCUCAAGGUGCAGGUGGUGGACGUCAAUGACAACGCACCUAUCUUCACUCAGAGUGUCACUGAGGUCGCCUUCCCGGAAAACAACAAACCUGGUGAAGUGAUUGCUGAGGUCACCGCCAGUGAUGCUGACUCUGGCUCUAAUGCUGAGCUAGUUUACUCUCUGGAGCCUGAGCCGGCUGCUAAGGGCCUCUUCACCAUCUCUCCCGAGACUGGAGAGAUCCAGGUGAAGACAUCCCUGGAUCGGGAACAGCGGGACAGCUAUGAGUUGAAGGUGGUGGCAGCUGACCGGGGCAGCCCUAGCCUCCAGGGCACAGCCACUGUCCUUGUCAAUGUGCUGGACUGCAAUGACAAUGACCCCAAAUUUAUGCUGAGUGGCUAUAACUUCUCAGUGAUGGAGAACAUGCCAGCGCUGAGUCCAGUAGGCAUGGUGACUGUCAUUGAUGGAGACAAGGGGGAGAAUGCCCGGGUGCAGCUGUCAGUGGAGCAGGACAAUGGUGACUUUGUUAUCCAGAAUGGCACAGGCACUAUCCUCUCCAGCCUGAGCUUCGAUCGAGAGCAACAAAGCACCUACACCUUCCAGCUGAAGGCGGUGGAUGGUGGCGUCCCACCUCGCUCAGCUUAUGUUGGUGUCACCAUCAAUGUGCUGGAUGAGAAUGACAACGCACCCUAUAUCACUGCCCCUUCUAACACCUCUCACCGGCUGCUGACCCCCCAGACACGUCUUGGUGAGACGGUCAGCCAGGUGGCAGCCGAGGACUUUGACUCUGGUGUCAAUGCUGAGCUGAUCUAUAGCAUCGCAGGUGGCAACCCUUAUGGACUCUUCCAGAUUGGUUCACAUUCAGGUGCGAUCACCCUGGAGAAGGAGAUUGAGCGGCGCCACCAUGGGCUACACCGCCUGGUGGUGAAGGUCAGUGACCGCGGCAAGCCCCCACGCUAUGGCACAGCCUUGGUCCACCUUUAUGUCAAUGAGACUCUGGCCAACCGCACGCUGCUGGAGACCCUCCUGGGCCACAGCCUGGAUACACCGCUGGAUAUUGACAUUGCUGGGGAUCCAGAAUACGAGCGCUCCAAGCAGCGUGGCAACAUUCUCUUUGGUGUGGUGGCCGGUGUGGUGGCCGUGGCCUUGCUCAUCGCCCUGGCGGUUCUUGUGCGCUACUGCCGGCAGCGGGAGGCCAAAAGUGGUUACCAGGCUGGUAAGAAGGAGACCAAGGACCUGUAUGCCCCCAAGCCCAGUGGCAAGGCCUCCAAGGGAAAUAAAAGCAAGGGCAAGAAGAGCAAGUCCCCAAAGCCCGUGAAGCCAGUGGAGGACGAGGAUGAGGCCGGGCUGCAGAAGUCCCUCAAGUUCAACCUGAUGAGCGAUGCCCCUGGGGACAGUCCCCGCAUCCACCUGCCCCUCAACUACCCACCAGGCAGCCCUGACCUGGGCCGCCACUACCGCUCUAACUCCCCACUGCCUUCCAUCCAGCUGCAGCCCCAGUCACCCUCGGCCUCCAAGAAGCACCAGGUGGUACAGGACUUGCCACCUGCAAACACAUUCGUGGGCACCGGGGACACCACGUCCACGGGCUCUGAGCAGUACUCCGACUACAGCUACCGCACCAACCCCCCCAAAUACCCCAGCAAGCAGUUACCUCACCGCCGCGUCACCUUCUCGGCCACCAGCCAGGCCCAGGAGCUGCAGGACCCAUCCCAGCACAGUUACUAUGACAGUGGCCUGGAGGAGUCUGAGACACCAUCCAGCAAGUCAUCCUCAGGGCCUCGACUCGGUCCCCUGGCCCUGCCUGAGGAUCACUAUGAGCGCACCACCCCUGACGGCAGCAUAGGAGAGAUGGAGCACCCCGAGAAUGACCUUCGCCCUUUGCCUGAUGUCGCCAUGACAGGCACAUGUACCCGGGAGUGCAGUGAGUUUGGCCACUCUGACACAUGCUGGAUGCCUGGCCAGUCAUCUCCCAGCCGCCGGACCAAGAGCAGCGCCCUCAAACUCUCCACCUUCGUGCCUUACCAGGACCGAGGAGGGCAGGAGCCUGCGGGUGCCGGCAGCCCCAGCCCCCCGGAAGACCGGAACACCAAAACGGCCCCCGUGCGCCUCCUGCCCUCCUACAGUGCCUUCUCCCACAGUAGCCAUGAUUCCUGCAAGGACUCGGCCACCUUGGAGGAAAUCCCCCUGACCCAGACUUCGGACUUCCCACCCGCAGCCACACCGGCAUCUGCCCAGACGGCCAAGCGCGAGAUCUACCUGUGAGCCCCCUUCUGGCCGGCCGGCCCCCCUCCCCCAGCCGCCGGCCAGCUCCCAAAUGGGCCCAUUCCAGGGCCUCACUCUUGACCCCUUCAGCGUGGACUUCCUGGCCAGGGCCCCAAGUGGGUGUAUCACUGGCCUCAUGACCACGCUGGCCCUUCUCCCAUGCAGGGUCCAGGUCCUCUCCCCUCCUUUCCAUCUCCCAGCCCCCAGGGGCCCCUUCCCCUUUAUGGGGCUUCCCCAGCUGAUGCCCAAGAGGGCUCCUCUACAAUGACUGGGCUCCUUUCCUUGACUUCCAGGGAGCACCCCCUCGAUUUGGGCAGAUGGUGGAGUCAAGGGUGGGCAGCACACUUCUAACUCAUUGUUACCUUCAUGGCCGACCAGGGCGGGGAUAGCACGCCCAAUUUUAGCCCUGAAGCAGGGCUGAACUGGGGAGCCCCUUUCCCUGGGAGCUCCCAGAGGAAACUCUUGACCGCCAGGGGCUCCCUGAAGGGCUUUUGUUACCAAAGGUGGGGUAGGGACGGGGGUGGGAGUGGAGCGGAGGCCUCGUCUUCCCGUGCUGCUCCUGGGCUGGCCCACCUGCCUGCCACAUGCCCACGCCUAGUCCCAUCUGGGCCCCCCUUCCCUGCUGGUCAUGCAGUGUCUGUAUAUAAGGACCUUGGAAUGACGUCCCCAUUUCUGCCUGAUUUGCAACUUUUCUUGUUGAUGUUGUGUUGUCUUGGGGGACCCCUCUGGGGGGGGAACCUGCCCUGUGCCCCCUCCUCCCUGCCGCAGUGCCCCCCAACCCAGGCCUCUAUUGUUCCAUGUUGUAAAUACCCCUGGGGCCAUGGUGGGAUGGGGGUGCAGGCCAGGGAAACAACGGGUGGGUGGGGGUGGGGACGGGGGGAACAUUUGCCUAUCAGCAGAGCUGGGCUUUUAUUUAAUUUUUUUUAAAAAUACAAAUCUCUAUUUUUUUGGAA